AUGAGCCUCGCUGGAAUCGACGACGAACACACAAGGUUCACAGUGUUCAAGGUGAAAGCCGGUAUUAAGCUGUUGGAGAUAUUUAGAAACACCAAAUCUAACAGUAACGAUCCAGAUCCACAAUCAAAGCCGUUUUCUAACGCAAUGCAGCGGCUUAGGUCGUACUUUGGAUCGGGCUCGGAUGUUAUGCUGAUGCGAAGAAAACUGGCUUUGAUGGCCCAACGACCCGACGAAACGGACUUAGCAUACAUCAGCAGAGUAGGAUCUACUGCACGACUUUGUGGAUUCGACAAUGGAAAGGAGUUUGAGGAGAUAGUAGCUACCAUUGCUGAACAUGCUCGCCAUAAGGAGGUGCGCACAACAGCACUGAAGAUGUUAAGUAAAAAUGGAUGUUUCACUGAUCUCAUCGAUAAGGUUAGAGAAAUAGAGUCCAUCAGAUUGAACGAGGAAUAUGUCAUGCGAAAACAAGGAAGGUCGGACAGCGUUUCAGUAGCUGCUAUUACCACCCCGUACCACAGUCAACGUAAAUACUCAGAACGAUUCCAGGGACGCAACAAGCCAUACCAACGAUCAGUACAAAAACCCAGAGGUGGGUGGAAAGCACAUCGUGGGGGACAUUUCAGCAACAACGAGAAAAAUCAAUCAAGGGUGAGGUGCUGGAGAUGUGACAGUGUGUUUCAUUCAUCGGAUGAAUGUUACACCAGAGAUAAAGUUUGCAAUAACUGUGGAAUCAAAGGGCACAUCCGACGUGCCUGUCCAGCUGGCUUCGAGGGAGGUGAUAUGCGACGAAUGACCACUCGUGACGAGCCACAUACGAUCGCCAUUUUAGAAAAAACGGAAGAGGACACUACUGAAAUCGAUAAAGUACUACCAGGUACAGCAUUAGCUGAUUUCGGAAACGCUCAACUAAAACUGAUCGCCAAUGAUGAUAAAGUAAUUGUAAACGACCAACCAUCACUGGAUAAUAUUCGUAGUAGCAUUUCACAGAACAUAAAAUCCUUACAUCGAACACAAGCAGCAUCAAGCGAUAUCGACGAUGGUUAUAUCAACGCCAAGGUGGCGGGUAUGAAUUUCGUCUUCCUCAUAGACUCAGGAGCUCAGGUGAAUACAUUCACCGAACAGAUGUUCCGGAAAUUGAUCGCGACUCCACAAUCAAGUGACGAAGUGUUUAAUGUUCAAAACUCUGCUGACCACCCACUCAAAGCAUACGCUACAGAGAAGUCUAUCGAGGUUCUUGCUACAUUUGAAGCAUACCUUUCCAUCACAGAAGACCGGCCAAUUCUUCUAGAGAAGUUUUACGUCGUCAGGGAGAGUCGUGCGCUUCUCAACGGUAUGGAUACUACAUUUUGUUCAUCCAUGCUGGUCGUCCCGAAAGGGAAGGACGAUAUACGACUUGUCGUCGACCUCAGGGGACCAAAUCGGUACAUUUUUCGUACCCCAUUUGCCAUGCCUACCCUAGAAAAGAUAUUGGCAGAGCUGAAUGGCGCAAAAUGGUUUUCGACAAUCCAUUUGUCGAAUGCAUUUUUCCACAUGGAACUUGAUGAAGAGUCCAGGCAUCUUACAAAUUUUUAUACGGAAUUCGGGAUGUUCCGUUGCGUGCGAUUGCCAUUCGGCCUUUGUAAUGCCCCGGACCUGUUUCAAGAGGCUCUACAGCGUAAGGUGCUGGAAGGCUGCAAAGGUUGUAAGAACUAUUUGGAUGACGUCUUGGUUUUUGGGAAUACCAAAGAAGAACACGACGAAAACUUGGCGGUUGUACUGGCACAACUAGAAAAUCAUAACGUUAAACUAAAUAACAGUAAAUGCACGUUCGGCACACAAAAGGCGGAAUUCUUAGGAUUCACUUUGACCCCGGAUGGAUGGCGAAUCAAUGAAGAGAAGGUCGCUGCUAUUAAACAUUUUCGAAGGCCAUCGACAUGCUCUGAAGUAAAGAGCUUCUUGGGAUUGGUCACCUUCAUCGACAAAUUCAUACCUCAUCGAGCAACAAAGACCGAGUGCCUACGACGAUUGGCGACUUCGGACUCCUUUUAUUGGACUGAUAAUGAAGAAUCGGAGUUCGAAUACAUUAAGGAGGAGGCCUUAACAUCAAUCAAAUUGCUUGGCUACUAUAACAUAAACGACAGGACAGAAGUAUUCGUGGAUGCGUCCCCAAUAGGUUUGGGAGCGGUUUUAAUCCAGCUUAACGCGGAAGGAACUCCUCGAAUCAUCGCUUGCGCUUCCAAGGUACUGACCACAGCUGAGCAAAAAUAUCCACACACGCAAAAAGAAGCAUUGGCGGUAGUGUGGGCAGUUGAAAAAUUUUCAUUCUAUCUGCUGGCCAAGAGUUUUGUAGUUCGUACGGAUGCAGAAGCCAAUCAAUUUAUUUUCAACUCGAACCACAGAUUAGGAAAAGAGCGGUGUCACGAGCAGAGAGUUGUGCACUGCGGCGCCAGCCGUAUGACUUCACAAUUGAACGUGUUCCAGGGUGCCAGAAUAUCGCAGAUGCCUUAA